CUUCGCCGGGAACAUCAGGCAAUAGAAACUGACUGACAGCACAACAUAGAAUCAUCUUGAUAAGACACAACCACCUCAUCCAGCCCACCUCAGACGUCAGCCUCACGCCCACAGCCGAGCGGCUGCCUGGGACGUUAUUACUGACUGACUGUACACUGAGGUGAUAAGUAAGGGCCGGGCUUCAGUCUGCUGACCUGAACUUUGCUCCCUGUGAGGGUUUCGCAGCCUCAGGUGGAGUCCUGCUGCUCACCUGCUGUUUCAGGAAAUGAAGCUCUGAUCUGUUCCACACAUCGCAGCGGGAGCUCUCACACGGACAACGACACUAGCAUGACUGUUCCCUGGAAAGCAUGGCCUGACCUCCUCAUCAUCUGUGUAUCGCUCUGUGCAACCGGAGUGGUGUCACAGACGUUUGUUCUGGAGCCAGCGAGUGAAACAGUGCUGCAGGGUUCUAACGUGACGUUCAGCGCCACUGUGAUGGGAGAAUGGCAGAUCAUGACCUGGAGUAUCGGAGAGAAUCAGGUCCUCACUAUCACUGACAAAGGGGACGUGACACCGUACAAAAACUACUCUGCCGGAUUCUGCUCUGCCGGUGACAGCAGUUGUGUGGCGUUCACCAUCCAUAACGUCAGCCGCACGGAGAACGGGAGCGUCACCUGCACCGUGCAGGGGCCGUUUGGAUCGAAGACGGCAGAUCUUUACGUACAAGAGGCUGGUACGAUCAGCAUCACGGGUGGGAACAUGACAGUGCAGGCGGGCCAGCAGGUGGAGUUUCAGUGUGUGACAUUUGGUUGGUACCCCACACCUGCUGUCAGCUGGACCCGCGACGGUGAAGCCGUGAACAGCAGCCUGUACAACACCACCAGCACGACGGAGGGAGGAUACUCCAACUCCACCAGUGUUCUGACCUUCCAGGCGGUCAGGAACACCACAGUGGAGUGUUUGGCGACUGUGUCAGAGCUACCGCAGCCGCAGUCCAGCUCAGUUUUCUUAGUGGUCGUGCCCAUACCACCUGACUGGACUGUGCUGAUAGCCGUGGUCGUGUCCAUCGGAGGCUUUGCUCUGCUGGUUCUGCUCAUCAUUGGGAUCAUCUACUGCUACAGGCACAGGAAAGAGAAACAAUCCAGCUACCAGGAUGAAAUGAGCAGGAGAGUGAGGACGCAGAGCGAGAUAAGCCGUGCCGGGCAGAGAGAGGGUCAGGUGAACACGGGAUAUGUGCCUGAGGGUCAAACGAGUGUCGCUCCCAGCGAAAUCACUGACAGUGGCUUCUCCCAGGCAAACGGCUCCAGUGUUCUUGAGAUGCCUGACGUUCUGAACGGCCGCCAGGCGGUAUAUUACGACGACACCGUGGAUCCGGGCUUUAAGAAACACAGACAUGUCACCAUCGUGUGAGGGCCGAGAAGUGUGCAAACGUUUUAGGAGUGCGGGAGAAACAUGCACGGCGCCUCGAAGCCUCACUCUGGGAAAAACAUGCGAGGCAGAAGGAAAAACUGAAUCUGCCAGGGAGUGAUGUGCUGCAGUAGCGUGGAGGCUGUUGGCAGAGGAGGCAUACUGGCCAUUUUGCUCACCGCCUGAUGUAUAAAGCAGUGUCAGCAGAGUAUAAAUCGUAGGAAAUAUAUUGAAAACACCAUUAAUUAGCUGCAUGUUAUUUAUGAAUAUGUGUAUAUAAAUGGCUACAGUAAAGACCUGCUGUUUUUGCGGCAGCAGACCAAGAGGGAGCAAAAGUAGCGUACUGACACUGUACCAGAGCAAACUCUUUUUCGUUGUUCUUAUACGGUAGAUUAGCAACA